UUGCUAGCAAGUGGAGCAGUCUUGCCUGACCUGGCCAACACCAACACUGAUUCAUGUGCUAACCAGCACAUGUCUUGUUUUAUGCAGAUCCUGGGACCCAAACAUAUGCAGGAAUUACCAGGCCUGUUCUGCUCCACUGGCCACAGCCUGAAUCCACCCCUCCCCACUUCCCCUCCCUACAUCCCCUCCCCAAGGCCGCCAAGGCACCCCUGUGGUGGAAGAAAGGGGCCUCAGCUGUGAUUUGCAGUUUCAUGAGCUAGCCACUCAUGAGUCACACGGAUCUACACUGGAAUCUCAGCCUUGCCACUCACCCAAGAAGAGUCACUGAUUUCUGAAAUUGCCUUAUUGCCAUAACCCUUGAUUAAAGCACCUGUCAGAUGGGUUAAUAUACUCCUCAAGGAUCGUUAUGAAGCUUAAAUGAGAUGUACUUCAUCUGCUGCCUGCAAGGAGUGAGUACUCCAUAACGUGUGGAUGGGGGUAAUCAAUUUUUUCAUAUUUAUCUUUCUAUUCCUCCUCCUUCCUGUGUCUUACUUGUCCCCUAAAGACAGCACUGCAGGGCCCAGCAUGUGUGCAGGACUGAUAGAGAGGUAUGUGGCUGCCAUGGUACUGAGUGGGGCUGGAGAUGCCCUGGGGUACUUCAAUGGGAAGUGGGAGUUCCUCCAGGAUGGGGAGAAGAUUCACCAGCAGCUGGCCCAGCUGGGCGGCUUGGAAGUAAUAGACGUGGGAAGAUGGAAAGUCAGCGAUGACACGGUGAUGCACUUGGCCACGGCAGAAGCCCUCGUGGAGGCCGGGAAGGCUCCAAAGUUGGCUCAACUGUAUUCAUACCUUGCAAGGCAUUACCAAGACUGCAUGAAAGACAUGGAUGGCAGAGCAGCUGGUGCUGCCUCAAUGCAGAAUGCCAGGCGGCUGAAGCCAGCCGAGGCCAAUGGCUGGAGGAUUCCCUUCAAUAGCCAUGAAGGUGGCUGUGGGGCUGCCAUGCGGGCCAUGUGCAUUGGGCUCAGGUUCCCUCACCACAGUCAGCUGGAUGCACUGAUCCAAGUGAGCAUUGAGAGUGGCCGAAUGACCCACCACCAUCCAACCGGCUACCUGGGGGCCCUUGUGUCUGCCCUUUUUACAAGCUAUGCUGUGAAUGGCAAGCCACCCCGGCAGUGGGGUAAAGGACUGAUGGAGGUGCUGCCACAAGCUAAAAAGUACAUUGUCCAGUCUGGCUACUUUGUGGAGGAGAAUCUUCAACAUUGGUCCUACUUCCAAAAUCAAUGGGAAAAAUACUUGAAGCUUAGAGGGAUUUUGGAUGGCAAAGCAGACCCCAGCUUCCCUGAGCCCUUCAGCGUGAAGCAGAGGGACCAGUUCUACACCUCCCUGAGUUACUCUGGCUGGGGUGGCAGCAGUGGCCACGACGCCCCCAUGAUCGCCUAUGAUGCUAUCCUGGCUGCGGGAGACUCCUGGAAGGAACUUGCCCAUAGAGCCUUUUUCCAUGGCGGAGACAGCGAUUCCACAGCUGCCAUCGCUGGCUGCUGGUGGGGAGUUAUGCAUGGUUUUAAAGGAGUGAGUCCCUCCAACUAUGAGAAGCUGGAAUACAGAGACAGGCUGGAGGAGACAGCAAGGGCUUUAUAUUCUCUUGGGUCGGAGGAAGACUCUGGAGUUACCCUUUAGGGAAAUGCGAUACUCAUUUUUGGAAAUUUUAUUUUAUUUUUCAUGUUGACCUUUUUUUCUGCUCAAUUUCUUUUCACUUUUCUCCAAAGUCUCAACCUUGUACUCCCAGAGUUUUGCUUUGCUUGCACAAGUCUCUUAAGCACCUUAAGCUCAGUCUCAUCAUCUGGCUCAUCCUGUUCUCCCUGAAUCUCUCCGUCCCGUUCUAAUGACGAGUCUUCUAUCGCAGUUGAUGGGGUCAGCAUCUCCCAAGCUAGAGAGCUCCUGUCCUCUUACUCAAGUCUUCAUGGGUAUCAUCUCAUCACUCGCUAUGUUUGACUCAAAUUGGGUCUCCUGCAUGCCAAAGGAACUCCAGAGCAAGGGUGUGAGUGUAAGCAGUUUACUUGGAGGUGAUUCCAAGAAAUGCUGACAGAAGAAUAGGGAAGUGACACUGGGAGGGGAAGGGAUACUAUCCUGGGUGUGUCAAGGAGCAGGUUCCCACAGUGGCCAUGAGUCCGUGUGGGUCCUUGGCUAAGAUAGCCCUCAGACUUGUCCUAUCUGAAGAGCAAGCAGAACUGGGGCUGACUGCAUGCGCACACUGUUCUACUUCCUGCUGCACUUGACUUUUCUCACCUCUUUGACCUUCUUGCACUGAAUAUUUGCUUUGCUGAUUUCUCAUUCUUUAACCAUGCUACUUUACAAGUAUUACAAGUAAGUGUGUGUAUGAGUGUGCGUGUGUGUAGGGUGAGGCAGGAGGAUGAAAAUGAAUAAAGGAAAGAGAUAAACUUAAUUAUGUGUAUAUUAAUCAAUAAAAACGGUCUGUUCAUAGUAUGGAUUUGUUAUAUUUAUGAAGUUAUUCAUAUAUAUACGCACACACAUACUGAAAAGCAGUAGCUCACAUGUGACAUUAUAUUGAUGACCUAUCUGCCAUGUAUUGUACCUCAUUUACUUUCUUUGUUACCUAAGAUUGCUGGCUGUUGUCUAGAUGUCUUACUAACACUUGUUUUUAGACUUAACAAACUAAGCAUUGACUGUUAUCUACCCUGCAAACUUCUCCAACUCUGCCAUCCUCAGUUUAUUCUUGAUUCUCCUCCACUCCAGAAUAAAUAAACUUAAGUCAUUUGUAAUCAGCCACAGAGCUGGGGUGUUGGAG